GGUCUCUCAUAAACGGUAGCUGAUGUGUGCCGACCAAGGACGUUGUCAUUGUUAAACUUUAACUCAAGAGGUCAGAUCAUAUAAUCAUAUUCUUCUUCAUCCGGCAGCAUCUCCAGGAGCUGGAGGAGUGCGGAGACCGAGAAAGUGCAGACAGUUGGAGCGGUUAAAGGAAUGAAGACACGCCAUCCAGAACAAUGACGGAGAAGAAAAAGCAGGGGAGAUAAGCAACACCGGCGAGACAUAUACGCUCAGCACGAUGAGCCCUCCUGCCUCUGCUAUGGAGCAAGAAGAAGCUGCAGCUCGGGAGGAGGCAGACUCGCCGCUGAUGUACAGGAUAGAGCGCCCGGUCUAUGAUGAAGCCUUCAUCCGCUCGCAGCUUCUCCACCGCAGAGAAAACUCUACCACCCUCCGGCAGAGGCUGGCACAACAGUUCCGGUGCUCAUCAGAGAAGGCCAAGGCAGCAGCUUUGAGCUUCCUACCAAUUCUGACGUGGCUGCCAUCCUAUCCAAUCAAGCAGUACCUGUUUUCGGAUGUGGUCUCAGGUCUCAGCACGGGAGUUGUACAGCUUCCUCAAGGACUAGCCUAUGCUAUGCUGGCUGCCGUGCCUCCAGUUUAUGGCCUCUACUCCUCGUUCUACCCGGUCCUGCUCUACACCUUCUUUGGCACGUCCAGACACAUAUCCAUAGGCACCUUUGCAGUGAUAAGUCUGAUGAUUGGGGGUGUCGCAGUGAGGGAGGCUCCAGACUCCAUGUUUUACGUCCAGUCUGCCAACGGAUCCAACACGUCUGCCGUCCUGGACGUGGCGGCUCGUGACGCCAGGCGGGUGCAGGUGGCCGUGGCGCUCACGACCCUGGUGGGAAUCAUCCAGUUUGUCUUGGGUCUUCUCAGGUUUGGCUUUGUGGCGAUCUACCUCACAGAGCCCUUAGUGCGAGGCUUCACUACAGCAGCAUCCGUGCACGUUGUUGUCUCUCAGCUAAAGUACCUGCUGGGGGUGAAAACACAGCGCUUCAGUGGGCCCCUCUCUGCAGUUUAUAGCGUAAUGGCGGUACUCAGUGACAUCGCCAACACCAAUGUCACCACGCUCAUCCUGGGCCUCGCUUGCAUCGUCUUCCUGUACGCGGUCAAAGACCUAAACGAGCGCUUCAAGAAGAAGCUGCCCAUCCCCAUUCCUGGAGAAAUUAUAGUGGUCAUCGUGUCAACCGGCGUCUCGUAUGGCCUGUCCUUAUCAGACGACUACCAGGUGGAUGUGGUUGGGAAGAUACCGGCUGGGCUUCUCCCUCCUGCUGCCCCAGACUUCUCCCUCUUACCCAGACUGGUCACAGACUCCUUUGCUGUAGCAAUUGUAGGAUUCUCAAUGGGCAUCUCGCUUGCUAAGAUCUUUGCCUUGAAGCACGGCUACAGCGUGGACAGCAACCAGGAGCUGAUUGCCCUCGGCCUGUGUAACUUCAUCAGCUCUUUCUUCCAAACCUUCGCCGUCACUUGCUCCAUGUCCAGGAGCCUGGUGCAGGAGAGCACUGGCGGGAAAACGCAGAUCGCAGGGCUGCUGGCAUCUCUCAUGGUGCUGCUGGUGGUGGUGGCCAUCGGUUUCAUCUUCCAGCCGCUCCCUCAGAGUGCCCUUGGUUCCAUCAUCAUGGUGAACCUGUUGGGGAUGUUCAAACAGUUCAGAGACAUUCCAAGUCUGUGGAGGAGCAGCAAGAUCGAACUGGCCAUCUGGCUGGUAUCCUUCGUGGCAUCCGUGCUGUUUGGCCUGGAUUAUGGCCUCCUGGUAGCGGUUGCGUUCGCGAUACUGACAGUCAUCUACAGAACACAGAGCCCUCAAAGUGCCGUCCUGGGCCAUGUGUCCGGCACAGGGCUGUACUGUGACGUGGACGAGUAUGAAGAGGCGGCUGAAUAUGAGGGGAUUAAGAUUUUCCACUCCAACUCUUCAAUCUACUUUGCUAACAGUGACCUUUAUGUGAACACCCUGAAGGAGAAGACAGGAGUAAACCCUGUGCACUUACAAGCUGCCCGGAAAGCCCGGAAGAAGCAGAGGGAGAAGGCCAAUGGCAACCAGAACUCUCCACUGAAGAUCUGUGCCAGGUAUAAGGAGCAGGGAGUGACCCAUGAGGUUUUGUCCCAGAAACAUGUGACGGAGGAGCAGAGAAACGGCCAGCUGGAGGACAGACACAGCGAGUCAGACUUGGAGGAGGCCAUCUUCCUCGAACCUCUCAGCACUGUCCACUCCAUCAUCCUGGACUGGACGUCUGCCAGCUUCAUCGACUCUGUGGGAGCCAAAGCCAUCAAACAGGUUAUUAAGGAAUAUGCAGCUGUCGAUGUUCAAGUGGUCAUAGCCGGCUGCAGCAGAAACCUCCUGUCUGAGCUGGACGCCUUGCAGUUUUUCACGGGGAUCGUGACUCCAGCGACGGUGUUCCCCACCGUCCACGAUGCCGUGCUGCACUGUCAGCGCUCCAAUUCCGCCCGCCAGCCGCUCCGACCAGCGUCGCGACCUGACGGGAGGCGACGCCCGUAACCGAGGACAAACCGCUGCAGCAAGAUCCCGACCUGGAUGGCAGAUCUGGGAGGUUCCGCACCAAACUGUAGGAGUGAUGAACUUUGUCUCUACUGAUGGUCGAGCGUCACAGUAGAGGUGACCUGAGCGAUCAUUCAUAUUGAAUAGUGUUUGUAGCCCAGGCGGAUGCUCUUCUCUCUCACCUCACGCCCUUGUUAACUCAAAAGUGCCCAGAGCAGCGAGACACAAGGCAGUUUUAUGAAGCUUUUAUCCAAUCAGUAAUUCAGGAUUUCCAAAUGACAUUCCUAUAGCCUUAUUCCUGUGCGUCCUCUCUCGAGUGGAUUGUUAGAGUUGCACUUUGAGAGUAUUUUUGUAUUUCUGUUUGACGUCUCACUACACUGCUGGGAGAAGUACAUUUUUAAACUGCUGUUGGUCCUAACGACCUUGUUGGACUGAUUUCUGUAAGAGUUCACAAACUUCUAUGAAACUGACUAGAAGCUGUCCGUCAUUUUCAUGCUGUAUCAGAUGUUUAUGGUUACUGAGAAAUUGUCUUCAUGGAUUUGAGUGUAUUUUCAGCUGUAAUUCUGUGUGAUUGUGUAUUUAAACCAGCAGAGCACUAUCAUUGGUCAAUUUGCAUCAUGUUUGUUGUUACAGUAUACUUGUACUACUGUUUGGGUCCGAGUGCAACAAUAAGGUAGUAUUGUACAUGCUGUCAGUGCACAUUUCAGCAUAGUGAGUGUUCUGUUUUUUUAAAGCUCUAGUUGCGCUAUCAUAGUGUAACACAGGAGGCCUUUAAAGUUACCAUGUGGUUGUUUUACAGUCUAACUGUUUGACAAAACUGAGACUCAACUCUGGAAUAAACUUUAUUUUUAAUUGAACAAGAAUGACAACAAAAGGACAAUAUUUUUUGACUCGGCUCUCGGGUUCUUUAGACAGUAAAAAGCCAAAGUGGAAACUCACUCACACACACACUUCUCAGUUGUAUGUCAUGUAUCUGGGGGUGGCGCUGAACUUGGCGUAGGACUUGAUGACCUUGUUAACGGCCUCCAGGAAGUCUUUCUCUGUGGCGAUCUUCCUGCGGGCUCUGAUGGCGAACAUGCCUGCCUCUGUG